UUUUGAUGCAGAUUCGUCAUUCUUGAAAUUCUCAAUGCUUAUUAUGCUUUUGAUUGUUCGAGUGAUUAAUUUUGGCGCCUAGGGUUAUUAUUUGCGAUUUCCAACUCGUUUGCAUCUUUCGCUUGUGGGUUUCCCAGAAAAAUUGCCGUUCAAGGUGGGUGAUUAAGUUGGAAAAGUUGUGAUGAAUUUGGCGGAGCAUUGUUAGUUAGUUCGAUUUUGUUAAUUUUACUAGGGUUUGGAGCUCUGAAAUUUGGGGUUAUCCGGUACACCGGUAGUUAUGUUAAUGCGUUACUAGAAUCAACUCGCUGUAUGAUAUUUUGCCUACUACCUCAAAAGCCUAUCUACAAAAAGCUGUCUUCUUUUAGUCGGCCAAACAGUUUGAUUUUGGAUGGAUAAACUAGAUUCGUCUUCUGAUGAAGUUGUGAUGAAGCUUGUUGAAAUGGGUUUUGAGAAAUUGGUUGCUAUGGAGGCUGUAAAAGCUGUAGGUAACUCAUGUGAUGAUGCUGUGGAGUAUGUUUUGAAGGGACAUCACAAGAGUGGUACUAGUAAAAUUAAUAAGGCCCUUGGGAGAAGAGCUAUGCCAUCUUCGUUUUCUUCGGGACCAAUGCGACAAUCGAGUUUGCUUGACCAUUUUAAAUCCGUGGACCGGAACAGUAAAAAAGGCCACAGCUUUGAUGCUACAGUAGCGGAUUCUCAGUUAGAAACACUGUCUGAUCCUUCAGAAGAGCUGAGAAAGUCUUCUCCUCCAGUGUUUUUCGAGUCUAGUUGUUUUCCUGAUACACAGUUGUCAAAUGGUUGCUCAGAGGCCUCAUCAACUUGGGAGAAGAGAGUUAAUUCUAUUCUACGAAUCCGAUUUGGUAUUUCAUCCUUGAAAAGCUUCCAAAGGGAGGCUUUGUCAACGUGGUUUGCUCACAAGGACUGCCUUGUUCUAGCUGCAACUGGUUCUGGGAAAUCUCUUUGCUUCCAGAUUCCUGCAUUGCUGACGGGAAAAGUUGUUGUCGUAAUUUCACCUUUGAUAAGCUUGAUGCAUGAUCAGUGCCUCAAGCUAUCAAUGCACAAAAUCUCUGCUUGUUUUCUUGGUUCAGGCCAACUUGACAAUCGCAUAGAACAGAAGGCAAUGCAGGGAAUGUAUCAGAUCAUAUACGUCUGCCCCGAGACAGUGGUUCGAUUGAUUAAACCACUCCAGAGGCUUGCGCAAACUCAUGGAAUCGCUCUUUUUGCAAUUGAUGAAGCGCAUUGCGUAUCAAAGUGGGGACAUGAUUUUCGUCCGCAGUACAGGAGGCUAUCUGUGUUGCGGGAAAACUUCUGUGCCAGCAAAUUGGAAUUCUUAGAAUAUGAUGUACCGAUAAUGGCACUGACUGCAACAGCCACAUCUCACGUACAGGAAGAUAUUCUUGAGUCACUUCACCUUUCCAAGGAAACAAAAACUGUGCUUACUUCAUUUUUCAGGCCAAAUUUACAAUUUUCAGUUAAACAUAGUCGAACCAAGUCUUCAGCUUCAUAUGCAAAAGACUUCCAAAACUUGAUUGACUUCUACUCUGAAAAGAGAAAGGCUACCGGGAAAAAGCUAGCAGUAAUCUCGCGAGAGUCAGAAGAGCAGACUGAUUCUGGUUAUCACGAUGCUGAAAACAUCCAUGAGACAGAUUCCGAUGAUGAUGAAGAGGAUCCAGAAAACUCUUUGGCAAAGCCAAACAGUUCAAAUGGCAAAGAAAUGUCAGAGGACUAUCUGGAAGAUGAAACCAACAUCUCCCAGCGUGUUGAUGAUUGGGAUGUUGCUUGUGGCGAGUUCUGUGAAAUGUCUGUCCUCUCUGGAAAGCAAAUACCUGAUGCAUCCGGACACGAGAAUAGUCUCCAGGAGAAGGAUUUUGAAGGACCGACAAUCAUUUACGUUCCUACAAGAAAGGAGUCUGUCAACAUUGCAAAAUAUCUCUAUGGGGUUGGAUUGAAGGCUGCAGCUUAUAACGCAUCGUUGCCAAAAAAACAUCUCAGGCAGGUUCACCAGGAAUUUCAUGAAAAUAAGCUGCAGGUUGUUGUUGCCACAAUUGCGUUUGGAAUGGGAAUUGACAAGAAAAAUGUCCGGAAAAUCAUCCAUUAUGGUUGGCCGCAGAGCUUGGAAGCAUAUUACCAAGAAGCUGGUCGAGCUGGAAGAGAUGGGGAAUUGGCUGAGUGCGUGCUCUAUGCUAAUCUAUCGAGAGUACCAACACUUUUGCCAAGUCAUAGGAGCAAAGAACAGACAGAGCAAGCUUACAAGAUGCUAUCUGAUUGCUUCAGAUAUGGAAUGAACACUUCACAAUGUCGAGCGAAAAUACUGGUGGAGUACUUUGGGGAGGAUUUUAGUUCCAAGAAGUGUAACUUAUGCGAUGUUUGCACUGAAGGGCCUCCGGAGCAAGUUAAUGUACGAGAGGAAGCUAAUCUUUUGUUUCAAGUAAUCACUGCUUUUCAUUUGCAGGUAGAGAAUAGCUCUGAGCAUACAUCAUAUGAAGACUAUGGACUCGGCAACAGCGAACAGAAGAAAUUGUCUCACAAGCCGAAUCUUCUGUUCUUCAUCAGUAGAAUCAGGGAACAGUCCCAAAAAUUCAUGGAAAUAGAUCGUCUUUGGUGGAAAGGUCUUGCCCGUAUCAUGGAAGCCGAGGGAUACAUCAAAGAGAUGGAUAACAAGGGUCGUCGAGUUGAGAUUGCAUAUAUAGAACCAACAGAAAAAGGGAAGAAGCAACUAGAUUUCCAAGAGGACAAGCCACUCUAUGUAUACCCAGAAGCCGACAUGCUCGUUUCGUUGAGACAACGCAGAACAUACAGCGGUUUCUCUGAUUGGGGAAAAGGAUGGGCUGAUCCAGAAAUCCGGCGGCAGCGUUUAGAGGCAAUGAAACGCCCAAGAGAAAGAAGACCACGAAGAGAACGAUCACAACAACGUCCCUUGAAGUUACAAAAGAAAAUUCCAUGGAGAAGCAAAGAAUAAAUAUCUCAACCAUCUUUAACAAUCCCAUCCUGAGGCAGAGACGUGGAGCCAUUGAGAAGCUGAGGCUGGUGAAUGAAGCUUUGGUUGCUGCGGAAGAGAAUGUGGCGAGGCUUCAAGAGCGUCACGAUGUGAUUCUCAAAGAGAUAUGUUCUUAUUAUCUCGUUAACUCCGAGCUCCAACAAGCUUUGGUUGCAGCUCGAGCAGCUAUUGAUGAUGCUUCUGUUUUUGUCAUGGAGCUUAGAAGAUUACAGCUGAAUAUUCUAAACUCUCUUUCUUGAUCAAGUUUUUUUGAUACUGAUUUUCGUUUUUGUAAUUGAAUGUAAGC